GUAAGCUAUGAGGUGUAAAGAUGAAGUGCUUGGUUUUCCCUUCUCUUUUCGGAGCUUACAGGAACGCACGUUACCCAACCAAGGUUUCCGCAACGUCGUAUUCUCUCGAAACCCAGAUCAACAAACCCCCCGACUGCACCGUACACAUGCAUUGUGUCAUUUUCAACUCAUUUCUUCUUUUUCCAUAAGUCCCAUAUGACAUGAUUGACGUGGAAAAGGUACUCCGCCUCCCCCCUUGUUGCCUUUUUUUGCACGGCCUGGGAUGAGUGUGACGCCACAUGCCCAGCUGCAUGCCACCGUCCUGCCGGGCACCUCUUGGCGCCCGAUCUUGGCGGCGCCGGGGGGGAGGCAGAAGUGUCACGAAAGUGUGUUCAAGUGGCCAGGGUGGAUUAUCGACUGAUGCGUCUAGCUGCAUCGCGGCUCCACUCGUGCUGCUUGGGAAGGUGAAUAUCAACCACCGGAUGACUCCCUUUAUAACGACGGAGAAGGAGGAAAGAGACAUCACUUGUUUCUCACUCAUCAUCAUCAUCUCAUUCAUCUGACACUCAGAUCCAAACACCAAGAAACUCACUACCCAAAACAUAUUCACGCCUGGCAUGACAACUCUACCCCUCAAAGUAAAGGUUGCAAUCCGUGACCACUGGACCAAGGAAGACAGCUACCUCCAGCAAGCCCUCAAGGCCCUCCGAGACGUCCUCGGCCUCGAAGUAGACGUCAACCCGGACUGGCAGAUCCUCCUCACCCAGCUCGACGCAGAGUACGCAGACAGGACCGACUUCGUCGCCGCCGUCGCCGGCACCGUCGAAGCAUGGUGCCGCGCCGCGACGGAGCUUCUCGAGGACGAGAAGAAUGAGGAGUGGACCAACACCCUCCUGGACAAGCUGAGACUGACUUGGUCGAGGUUGCGACUCUUUGUCGAAGUCGCCAGCGAUGAACAAGCCUCAACAGCAUGGUCCGACGACCAAGGCGGCUUCCUCAUCACCCUCCCCAAACUCCGACUCAUAACCCCAAUGGACCUCCACCCCCUCUUCAAAUCGGAAAUCAAAGACUGCUUCGCCGACCACCACAAGCAACUGCCCCCUUACUCCGCCUCGCCAACAGAAGACUGGGCCGACCUGGAAAUGGACGCCCGUCUGAACCGUCUUUCUGUUGGCGGUACGGGCCAUCUCCGUCAGCGCGCCUCCAUUUCUUCGACGGCAUCGCGCGGACCACAGGCAGAUUUCAUGCCGAAAGCAGACGCCCUCCCGCGCCCGGACGAGCUUCUGCAAAAGGCUCCGUACCACCUCAUCGUGUACAGCCGCGGCGCGCACGAGAUUGAGAUCCAGGGGAGCCACAGCGCGACGCUCAAAUUUUUGGCGGACUAUUUCAAGAAGUGGAGGAGGACGAAUCAUCAGAUCAGCAGCAAGCCUCCCGCCGUCGAGGUAAAGCUGCACCAGUGCGCCUUCGGCAUGGGCGCGAGCAUCGAUCGCCUAGUCCUCGUCUCGGAGCACAAGUACGGCGGCGCCUUCAUCCUCACGCCCACCAUUAUUCUUUCCCUGGUCGAGGGCGUGUUGGGGUAUAAGCCCGUGUACUCUGACGCCCACUCGUGGACGUACCGGCGGGAUACCGAGUUGAGAGCUUAAAGAGACGUUUCGUGGCAGGACCACGACGGAAUCGGAUCCCGGGAAUUUGGGGUCAUUGUACAGCAUCGGAUGGGAAAUCACGGAACAUUAGGCCAUGGAAGGCCCAUGGUAUGGAAAGGGGAGGAUGGAAUUUUUCACGAUGCUCAUGACCUCAUAAUGUUAAAGACCUAAUAAUGCGAGAAGACCUCAUUACUCAUUAUUUUCAUUACUCCUUUGCUUUCCUACAGUCAUAACUGUGGCACUGUGAACCCGGCUUUUACUAGACUUCAACCUUCUAUUCACUCGCUCGCGACUUCAGACGACAAGCAUCCGUACCUGAGAACCUUGCUUGGACCAUCUGAUAUCCACAGCCGCGCCGGGCCGUCAGCAGAUCAACCUUCAAGCAGCCGGACUCCGAAACUCCGCCCAGGAAAACAAGGCCCGACGCCGUGACAUGAAGUCAAGUAGUGCUUCCGCUACAAACAGUGAAGUGUACUACGGAUCAGCAAUCACAAAGCUAAAUAGACACGUCUAACGAGAACUCGAAUCAAACCACCGAAUCACUUAGUCCAUCCAGCUUUCUGACUACUAGCCUGUAGCAUUCACAGCGAAAGCUUUACAGACUUAACCAGUCUCAUUUCGCCGCCUCUUCCAAGACUGCCGGACCAAUC